AUGGAAGAAGAAAGUCAGUCACAAGGUCUUCAGGCAAAACCCAUGUCAUGUACGAUCGCUGCGAACAUUGCUCUUAAAGUGGCCAAAAAGCAUGGUCUUUUCAAGUUUUAUAAACUAUUUCUGACAGCCGCCCAUGACGUUGGCGUUGUGAAAAAUGAGAGAUCAUUCAGUUUACUGAAGAUUGUAAAAAGUUAUAUUCACGCAAUAACAUAUCUGGAAAACGUUUGA